AUGGCCUACGUUAUGUUUCAAAUUGAUCUCCGUUGCUCAUCCGGUUCUAAUGGUCUUACCUGGUCACAAGAGCAUGCCACGGCCUAUGCUGAUGAUCUGCAUUUCCGAUGGAUGAUGUUGGCUGUUCGGGAUCUGCGGCAGAUGCGUGAGGAGCUGGCGGAGGUGUUGAAUGUGCUUUUCGAGAUGGGUCUCACUAUUAACAGGGAGAAAUCAGUCUUGGUCAUUUCUGUCAAAGGGAUACAAGCUCAGACCUGGCUUCACAAGCAUAUCAGUAAAAACUCUGCUGGCCAGCGACAGUUCUGCUACAAUGAAUUUCGGAAGUGGCACCUGCCUAUAGUAACAUCCUACAAGUAUCUUGGCGUUAUACUUUCCUAUGGCUCUUUUGAAGAACAGACGGAGUGUGGAAUACAAUACGCCGACUUCCACAAACUCAAGCUACAUGAAGGAAAAGUUCAUGGCGUCAAGGCGCCAGUCCGGGCUGAGUACUUGACCAGGGAUGCCUAUUCAAUCAACGGUGUUCCGCAGUGCAGGUUCUGCAAAGCCCUCUACACCACUUGGAGUUCACUUCGCAGGCGCAUUGAACAGAACAGUUGUCCAGGUCUUAGACGCACAAGUCAACAUGGUUCUGAGAUAUCAUGCGCUACGAUUGUUGGUGCAGAUGAAACGCUGAGGGUAGGGGCCUCGAUGUGGAAGUCGCUUUCAAACUCGCAAUCUGAUACCAAUGGCGUUACGCCGCUCGUUGCCCAGGCAGAGAAGAUGGAGUACUUGCGUGCGCACGGCUGGCGAAAGUUUCUUGCUCAGUUUGCAUCGCAAUGCGACCUUCAUCACACCUGUGGGAUUUGCACGCAGUGGGUGGUUGACGGCAGGGCAAUCAGGCAACAUUACAAGAAAUCUCACGCCAGCAUUUGGGCUCGCUAUUCAGCGCAGUACGAGGCUGAAGUCAAGCAGCUUCGUAAAAUAGCAGUAUCGCCUUGUCGCUAUUGCGGGGCCAGAACCUCUGAUGCCCGCCAACAUGCAGGCAAUUGCACAUAUGUUUUUCAGAGCUUCUUGAUCCUUUGUCAUAUCUCUUGGGCAGGAGCCGGACAGCAGGCGGCGGCGGUCGACCAAGAGAUGAUGGCAGUGCUAGGCGGACUCCUGCCGAGCAUGCAGGCCUUAGCAGAGAGCAGUCAACAGCUCGGCAAGCGUCAGCUGGACUCGGGCUCCCCCGCGAGGCGCAAGCACAAGUGGGUCAAGGGAGACGGAAAGGGUGCUUCAUCGAUGACUACUUCCAACGACCUGCUCCCACUGAUAAAGCUAUUGGUGGCUCUCGUUCUGCGACAGGGCGACAGUCUUGGUCGUCUGGAAACAGACACAGGCUAUUUUUUGGCGCUGAAGGUCCCAGGCGAGGAGUCGCUGGCUUUGACAAUGGUCAAAGUCCAAAUGGCGAGAUCUCAAGUUGAAGGAUCCUGCUCAGUUGAAAAUGAGCCUCCGCACCACCCUGUUCGUGGCCUUGUUGCAAGAGCUGGGUGCCAGGGCAGAGGCGCUCUUGACCAAUCCAGAGAAGAUCUGAACCCCGCCGAGAAAACCCUGGAGAUCUGCCCCGCUCCGACCCCGCUGAAAAUGGAGACCUUCAUUCAGCAGGUCAAGCAGACGCAACAGGCAAUUCUUGUUCCCGAACAUGUCACACGUUUUCAGGCGACAAAGCCGCCGAACGAGGAGCGCCUGGGGGAAGUGCUACCCUUUUUGAUAGACGUGUCGCUGCGUCCUGGUGCAGCCCGGGUCCAUCAGAACCUGAGAUCCUGGGUGGAGUGUGCAGCCCUGCAGCUCAUCGGAGCUCGGCUUCGGGGUGCGAGGCAGAAGCGCAGUCAGCAGAUGAACCAGCUACAGCAAUGGUUGACAGCCGACGUCACUUCAUAG